GACGGAAUGAGGAGGGACGCUUUUAAAAUUCAAACCAGCGAUCAUAAACAGACAGUGGUACCAUCUAUCGUUCUAACGUAUAUACAGUUGGUACAAAAAAAAAAGUGCAUCUCAAAGGAUACGUGUGUAGAUGCUAUAGAUUAUCGUGGACUAGAAAUCCUAUAGGGUCCUAUAGGUCGUGGGUGAAAAUAGAAGAGAGGGAAAAAAGGGAAGGAAGGCUGCCAUAUUGAACACGUGUCCGACCUGUAGUCUCCACAAUCUUCUACAUGGUGCUAAUUUCGUGCCAAUGUCGGAGGAUGGCUUUAAACUUGUGACUUAUCGACGUCGAAAACAUCGCAAAAAUACAGCACAGAAAAAUUUGCGCAGAGACGCGACUCCAGAAAACGCUGAAAAGUACGAGCUGCACGAGGUGGUGGAGUUCUUGGCCAUUCGCAUUUUACACAACGCUUACGAGCUCAGAGCGACGCCGUUAAUGAAACAUGUUCGUGAACAGCUGAAGACGGCCUUAAUCAUUCUAAAUUCUAACGAUAUUUCCGAAAUAGUCUGCUACGGGUUAGGACGAUUCACGAAGUCUAAGUCGUCGAGAUAUCAAUUGGCGUUUUUACUGUGCCUGAAGGCGCGAUACAGCGACGCUUGCGUGCACGUGUACGAUCCAGCGUUUUCCUCCAAGGAAAAGGAAAUCUUACGCUAUCUGAGUCUGAAAAUUAUAGAGAAGAAUGAGGAGGGCAAGCGUAUCCUCCACCAAGAUAGAACUACUCUCGUGUUCAUGCCGCAUUGCCCGCGGGAAUUGAUGAAUAAUUAUCUCUAUGCGAACUGGGGAGAAGGAUUAAGCAAUUGUAUUCUGCUCGGUAAUAGUAUCUCAAAUUUAAAAGAGGAUUGCUGGAACAAGGAUACACUGAGACGCUCGAAUUACGUAUACCGCAUUCAGCCUUAUAUUUUAGAAAUUAAAUUUGAUUUCCUCACGCAUGAGUACGAGUACGUUUUCAACGACCAAAGCAUUCAUAUAUUUCCUAAAGAGAAUUUUCUACAAGUUCCGCCGAAUUUCUGGAAUUGUAGGGAGGAACCGCAAUAUUUAAAGAACGAUGAGACUGAACUUAUUCGACGGUGUUAAUUGUUAAUAAAAAAAUACCUAAUAACA